CAUUCGCACCGCAUCCUCAUAGGCAUCGGUCGGACCUCGGCCCAUUUGAAAUCACAGAUCCUGCCUGCAGGGUAUAUAGUCCCCAGACCUGGAAUCCGAGGUUUUCAGCCAUCACAAUUCUGUCCUGCAACGAGUUUCGGGACGUGGGUGUCCAAACCAUGUUGGAAGUGCGCGCGCGCGGGACCUCAAUAGAGUGGAGAUACGAACGGGGCGAUCCAAAUUGUUUGAAGCAAGAAACUUGUAUGCACACGGUGAGGGCAGCUGCUGUUAGUUCACCAGAAGCUGGGGGAUAGCUCAGCUGGUUCAGCUGGCAUGUUUCAAAGCAGUUACAAUAAUCCCUUCAUCACUUACAACUGACAUCUUCCCGCUAGCCGAAACCAUCAUCACUUACCGCAGCGCUUUCUUUCUUCGCAAUGAACUUGGCAUUGAAUCCCUCCCUUCUUCACCUAAUUGUUCGGGUUCACACUGUUUCUGUGCGAUUUGGGUACACCGCUGCGUGGUCGUUAUCCUGUUCUUGAAAGAGACUCUUUUUGAUUCGCUCUUGAUCGCGAGAAUUCGACCGUGUUAUGCCCGGUGUGCGUGUUGUCGAUGUAUCGAACAGUUGUGCAUUGUAUCGCUGCAGAAGUUUGGAUGAGAGUCGGAAUUUCGAGAGAGCAACGACGAGGAUGUGUGAAAUGUCGUGGGUAGUGAGGUAGUUUGUGUCAUCACGACGUUUGAGACGACUUGGAAGGUAGUGCAGUGGUUUAAGAUUUGAGAUUAGGAGUGAAUUUUCAAAGUUCUGCUCGCUCUGUCCGCGUCAGAGAUGUGGCUGGUUCUUGCAGAGCAACUGGGAGUGGGAGGAAUUCUACCAAUUGCUUGCACAUCAUUAGUCGUUCGGGGAUUGUAGUAGAUGCUUGUGCUCGUGAAUUGAGCUUAUAGGAAAUUUGAAAUUUACUGGAAAUUAGCUUCCAAUUUUUCAGAAAAAAGUUUCGCACUUGACGAUCGCGAGGAUCAGAGUGUCGCUAGCUUGUCAAACUGUGGAGUCCAAUACUAGGUUUUGAAACAACGGUGGAGGACUUCGUUGUGUGCAAUUGUUGAAGGGCUCAACAUCACUCCGCCAUGGCAAAAUACUCGCGACCCAUGCGGAUGCCAUCCAACGAAGAUCGCAUUUACAAGAUGCGCAUGUACGAGAAUAAGAUAGCCGACAACAUCCAGGCCGUCAAAUCGUAUAACCAACUGAUGCGCGCAGCGGAGUUUGGAGAACAGCAUAUCAAGAAGAGGGAGGAGCGUGAGAUUGAGUCGAGGGAAGAGGCCAUUCGCCAGUGCAGAGAACAGAAUCUUGAAAUUCGGCGAGCAAAGUUGUCAGCCUUGUUGGAGGGGGAAGAUCAGCUCUUGAAUGACGAGUUAAAGACCAACUCUAUGACACUCGCCGAACGGCGGGCCUGGCUAGAGGCGCGAUCGCGAGCGCUCAAACAGAAGCAAAAUACCGAGGCAUGCCAGAGGGACCGGUACGCGCAGGAGAUGAUGGACAAAGCGUGGCGCGACAAUGCGGAUGACGUGCGUGUUCAAGAUUCCAAGCUGGCAGUGCUCCGCGCCGUCGAAGGCCGGAAGCGGCAGCUUGAAGAAGCAGUUGCGCGGAAGAUCAUUGAGGAAGAGGAGAACAGAAAGCUGGAGGGAAUUAUGGAACGGGAGUUGAAGAUUAAGGAGCAGGCGCUUUGGGCUGAAGUUGCGACCAAGGCAGCCAAGAGGGUGGAGGCCACGGACGUCUUGAACGAGCAAAUGGAAUUGUUGAGUAAACUCAGAUCUGAGGAGCAAGCGGCCGUCAAGGCAGAAAUGGCAGCCAUGAAUAUGCGUUGGCAGCAGGAAGAAGAGGCGCUAAAGCGCACACAAGCAGAGAGGAAAUGCUACCUGGAUGCGAGAAACAAAUCGAUCCAAGCGACGAACCAGGGUCUGAGGUGCACGAGGAAUGGAGAAAAUGAUGCAGACAAGAGAUUCGAGGCGGAGUGUGCGGCGUUGACAGCUGCAAGAGAGGCGCAAGAAAUUCUGCAGGAGAAGGAGCUCAAAGAUGCGCAAAAGAGGGAAGCUAAACAAUACGCAAACCAUUUGAAAGCUGUGGCGGCCAGGCUAUCUGCCGACGAUUCCUUCCGAAACGCGCAAUUUAAAGCCGAGGAGGAUGCUGAAUCGGCGAAACGAGAGGCCGGAUGGAAGCGUGAGGAAGACCAGCGCCAGCGCCUGUGGAAUCGGGUGCAUGAAGAAAGACAGAAUCAACUCAGAGAGAAAGACAAAGUGCGAUUUGAAAUCGAGGCGCAGAAGAGACUAGACCUGGAGAACAAUGAGAGGAUGGUAAAAAUGGCCGCAGCUGAGAAAGAAAGACAACUCGCUGAACAGAGGAGGACAAAACAAGGUUUACUGGAUUCGCUUGAGGACCAGCUCAGAAACAAGCAAGCACAGGAGAUCAAAGCGAGAGAGCAAAAACGUGUUGAGUUUGAAGGUAUUGUGGACCAAGAGAAGAAGUACCGGGAGAAGGUGAAAUGUGAAAGUGCUGCCCUGCCAUUCCCUGAGCUGAACUACAAACACAAGCUGGUAAAAUGGAUGGAAGAUUAAGAAUCGAGAGUUCUGGUUUAGGUUUCUUGCGGAGAGACUACCCACCGAUGGAUUGUGUAGGAUUUAUGCAGUCACAAUGUGGUGUACAAUCAGAAACUAGUAUGUAUGGUUCACAUAUGCCGAGCAUUCAUUCGACGGAUUUUUGUUUGUGGGUGUUUUUGAAGAGUAAGGUAACAGAAUUUAGUGCAUCAACUUAUCUAUAUUUAGACAUAGUUUGAAUUCUAGCCAAACAUAUAAUUCAUAACCUGAUAAGACUUGUUACAACGGUCUUAAAUUGUCAAGAAAAUUUGCAUGUCCGCAUUAUUUCAUGUUA